UUUGGAUACAUUUUUCGUCAUUAUCGUUACUGUUAAAAUUUUUAGGUUAUUUAAUCCGUGCGUGAUCGAGUGUGGUUAUACAUAUAUUUGUAUAAAAUAACACAAUUCUACAUCGUGUGGUUUGACAAUUUUUGCAAUUAUCUUACCGAACAUGUCGAUUUUAAACACGUUAUAUCGAAUGGGAACAUUAGUACGAGCGAACUUACCUUAUAAAUUGGAUCCAGUAAGAUCUAUUACAUAUUCAUUUAUACGUUUUACUGAAAAUGCUGAGAAAGAGGACACUCUGCAAGAUACAAAUGCUACUGAAGACAAUGAACCUAUAGUUACUCGCAAACAGGUUUCAGUGGAAACAAGUAUCAAGUAUAUGACAAGUGAUGCUUACAAGCAAACUUAUGGGAAUAAUCCAGUAUGGAAACUUUAUAAAAGAAAUCAUAAAGGAUUGUUUCCUCCUACGAAAACAAGAAAAACUUGUAUAAGAAAAGAUAAAAUCUGUGGAAAUCCUUGUCCCAUAUGUAGAGAUGAAUAUCUUAUAUUAGAUCAUAGAAACAUCAAGUUACUUGAACAGUUUAUCGAUAUAUAUAAUGGAAAUGUUCUGAGUUACCAAAAAACAGGUGUCUGUCAAAAGAAGCACAAGGAACUUUUAGUUGCAUUAACUAAGGCUAAGGAUUAUGGUAUCAUCACAUUUGAUGUUGCUAUAAGGCAGUAUGAUUAUUCAGAAUGGCAGCAAACAAGUAACAAAUAAUCUUUGAUUAUUAAUGUCAUUGUUUGCUCAUUAAAUGGAUAUAACUGUAAGCC